AUGGCUUCUUCGUGGGGACAAAUACGUGAGCACUGUGAGGCUCAGCAAAAUGAGAAGCCAGGGGGGUCCCGGCAGCAGGAGGAGUGGGGGACCUUCCUGACAGAGGCCCUGGACCUCGGGGCUGCCCUGGGCCAGGCCCCCCGUGGGGAGAGGAGAGAGGGAGAGGAGCGGGGCCGUCCUCACCCACAGGCUCCGGGCCGCAGCCCCCGGGCAGGGCCCCUUUGCCCCUUCAGCCCCAGGCCUGCCGCUGGCGCCUGCCACCCCCUCCGCCGCUUCGGAACUCCGGGCCAGCGCCUCGGCACGGUGAGCACGCAGCCGCCCCUGCGGGUCACCCCGCAGAAGCCGCCCGGGGGCCUGGGCGGGCGGGCAGCCUCUCCUCCCGCCUCUGAACCGCGGGGCGCUCUCCGGGCCGGAGGGGCCCCCAAAUCUACCGCAGGCGCGGUGCUUCCGGGCACCGGCGAGGCCGAGCGGGACGGCCGGAGCCGUGGCCUCACUGCCGAGCGCGCCAAGGUCAGUGUGCGCUGCCCGAAGGCCCCCCCCCGCCUCUUUCUGCAGCCUCAGCCCCCUCCACCUCCCACCCCGGACAGUGGGGAGCACGGGAGCGUCGGGAAGUGCAAGCUGGAGCGCGUGACGCUGUUGACCGGCGUGCACUCACGCCUACACAUCUUGUAUAACGCACACGGAUGCGUGCGCGUUCUUAAUACGUUACUAGUGUACGGAUCCGCGACCUCCCAUAGAAUCAGGGCCCGGACACGUUUUCCUGGGCCCUGGGUCUCGGUGAAGCUGCUCGCCUACUGCCAGUUGCGAUUUCCCCCAGACUUCCUUUUCUUCUUGGAAGUUCAGAAGAACGGUUCGAGGAGAAGCCCUCCCCGGUGGAAGGCGGGCGCCCUGCGGCAGCUGGUGUUCCGCACGGACGAGACCACGCCCAAGGUGGUGCGGAGCGUGCUCCUGGAGCGCGGGUGGAAGGAGCUGGGCGCGGGCCGGGAGGAUGCGGGGGACUGGGACCUGUACUGGAGGGCCACCUCCUUCCGGACGGCCGACUACGCGGACGCCAAGCCCUGGCAGAGGCUCAACCACCACCCGGGGACCGCCAGGCUCACCAGGAAGGACCACCUGGCCAAGCACCUGGAGCGCAUGCGGCAGACGUACGGCAGCCCCCCGUACGCGUUCACCCCGCUCACCUUCAUCAUGCCCAGCGACUACCCCAAGUUCAUGGCCGAGUUCUGCAAGGAGAAGCAGGCGCUGGGCACCAAGCAGAGCUACUGGAUCUGCAAGCCGGCCGAGCUGUCGCGCGGACGGGGCAUCGUCAUCUUCAGCGACACCCGGGACCUCGUCUUUGGCGACACCUACGUCCUCCAGAAGUACAUCUGCAACCCCCUGCUCGUCGGCAGGUACAAGUGCGACCUCCGCGUCUACGUCUGCGUCACCAGCUUCCGGCCCCUGACCGUCUACCUGUACCAGGAGGGCUUGGUGCGCUUUGCCACGGAGAAGUUCGACCUCAGCAACGUGCAGGACCCCUACGCCCACCUGACCAACAGCAGCCUCAACCGGCGCGGCCCCUCCUACGAGAAGAUCAAGGAGGUGGUGGGCCACGGCUGCAAGUGGACGCUCUCCCGCUUCUUCUCCUACCUCCGCAACGGGGGCGCGGACGACCUGCUGCUGUGGCGGCACAUCGACUGCCUGGUGAUCCUCACCGUCCUCGCCAUGGCCCCUUCCGUCCCCGAGGCCGCCAACUGCUUCGACCUCUUCGGGUUUGACAUCCUGGUGGACGACACCAUGAAGCCGUGGCUCCUGGAAGUCAACUACAGCCCCGCCUUGUCCCUAGACUGCUCCACGGACGUGUCCGUGAAGAGGCGGCUCGUCCACGACGUCAUCCAGCUGGUCUUCGAGAACGGUCCAAGGAGCGAGGAGAGGGAGCGGAGUAGAGCCGCAAGUAAGAACCCCAGCGCCUCCCUUCCCAAGGGCGGCCGGAGCGGGCCCGGGGGCCCGCCCCACCCACCCCCAUACCCGCCGCUCUCACAGUUCACGGACGGGGCCGGCAAGAAGAAAGUCGCUGCUGCCACGAAGAAAGCCUCCGGGCUGCACCCCAGACACACACGCACUUCCCAGCUCAGGGAAAUGAUCCACAAGCCCAAGGACUCGCUUGUGCCCACGGGAGACGCCUCCACGGUCAAGCCGCGGCUCGGGAGUGGGCCCGCUCCUCGGGAGACCCUGCCGCCCCCCGCCCCGCUGGCCCGGCCGCGCCGCUACGGGGCCCCGGCCGCCCCCCGCCCGCCCUCGGCCCCCGGCCAGGCCCCCGAGGCCCACACGGGCAACUUCGCCCUCAUUUUUCCUUUCAAUGACGCGACUCUGGGGGCUUCCAGGAAUGGAUUAAACGUGAAACGAAUAAUCCAAGAGCUCCAGAAAAGAACGAGACACAUUGCCAAGGGUCCGAAUCCUGAGAACUGA